AUGGCCCUAAACGGCGCUGGUGAGGACAUGGAUUGUGGGGGCCUGUGGCUUGGCGGUUCGGGCGGCACCUUGCUUCAGCAAGACCUUCCGGCCCCUUGUGCCUCUCUUCCCCCAGAAGUCGACGACUUUUCCUGGGAGCCCCCGACCGAAGCGGAGACGAAGGUGCUGCAAGCGCGGCGGGAGCGACAGGAUCGCAUCUCCCGGCUCAUGGGCGACUACCUGCUGCGUGGUUACCGCAUGCUGGGCGAGACCUGUGCUGACUGCGGGACGAUCCUCCUCCAAGACAAACAGCGGAAAAUCUACUGCGUGGCUUGUCAGGAGCUCGAUUCAGACGUGGAUAAAGAUAACCCGGCUCUGAAUGCCCAGGCUGCCCUCUCCCAAGCUCGGGAGCACCAGCUCGCCUCUGCCUCGGAGCCCCCCUUGAGCUCUCGGCCUGCCCCUCAGCCGCCAGUACCCCGUCCUGAACACUGUGAGGGAGCUGCAGCAGGGCUUAAGGCAGUCCAGGGGCCACCCCCUCCUGCUGUGCUUCCAAAUGCAGAUGUGGUGGCCUGCACACAGGAGGCUCUCCUGCAGAAGCUGACCUGGGCCUCAGCUGAGCUGGGCUCUAGCACCUCCCUGGAGACUAGCAUCCAGCUGUGUAGCCUUAUCCGGGCGUGUGCUGAAGCCCUGCGUAGUCUGCAGCAGCUGCAACACUAAAAAACCUCUCCUGAGAAAAACCCUGUAGAAAAACAGCUGUUCCUCUUGUGUGGUUCGUUCUUUUUUUUGGUUCUGAGUGUGCAUGCAAGUCCCAGCUCCACUCGUCUUUUCCCUACUUUUGGUCUUUCAUGGUAUCACAGUCUGGUCUCCUUGAUGCCCUGAGAAAUGAGUGGGGCUUGUUUCUGCUCAGUAUCCCCACUCAAAGGAUGAGGUGGCAGAGGACUAUGUGCUAUUUUUUCUUUUUUUCUGGUGAGGAGGCCCCAACCUCAAAAGCAGAAACAGGAGGCGCCGGUCUCUGAAGGAAUCCUGGAACCUCCCCAGCCAUCCAGCGCUAUUCCCCACCCUUGAGAGAGAUUUGGGGUUCCAGUCCCCUCGGUAGCUUCCCUUUCUUCCCCCAAGCAUCCAGACACCAUCAUCCUGUCCCAUCUCAGGCCCAGACCAGGUACCCAGAUACUGACAGGAUGUAGUCCGAUAGGGAUCAAGGAUGGUCUUAAUCUGUCUCUUGACCACACCCCACCCCUUUUAGAUCCUUUUCCUUGAGCGUUGUAAUUGGCCAGAAUAAACAGUGUUGGGGAGGGGGAGGAACCGCACCCUCCGCUUUUAACCUCUUCCCUCCUUUUUACCUGCUUCCCUCCUAUCGGUGGCCAAUGCCC